UCUGCUCGCCCCCAUCUCCCUCUGCCCUGCUCACACCCACCGCCGCCCGCGACCCCCAUGGACGCACCGGCAUGAAGCUCGCGCCCACCAUUGUCCCUACGCCCCCCAUGAUGUCCAGGAGCUCCGCCGUGGACGCCUACUUCAUCGCUAUCAAGUGGAUCGAGUCGGGAUGCCGCAUCGCCGCUGUCUUCGCCAUUCUUCCUCGAUUGCAUCCACCGUCGCCGAUGCUCGAUCAGCCACCUACCGUCGAGCACCGCUGCAUCUGGGAUCACCACAAGCUCCGGGACCCUGAGACCGACGCUGACGCCACUGAGUACGACCACGCUGCAGACGUUCAACCACUUGCAGCAGAGCUUCCAGGCAAGCAAACCCCCCUUAAUCAUUCCUAUAUCGCCCAUUUUUCUCUCUCGUGCUUGCGUUAGAUUUUGCUACUGUUGUUAGAUAGUUUCUAUUAUGAUGCAUAACCUGAUUUUGUAUCCUGUUGUUGAUACUUUACCUGUUGUCCUAUAUGCUUAGUAUAGGCUGGUUAGUGAUCCAUCAUAGGCCCU